AAAGUUAUUUGUUCCUCCAAAUUGGCCCCAAAAAAAUAUUGAAAAUGAAUAUCUUAAAAGAAUGCGUGCUUCUGUAGAAAAAAUGUACGAAAACUCGAGUAACGAGUUAGAUCCUGCGCCCCCGAUAGUUCUCUUCUACUUGAUGGGAAUCUGGGCAAUGAUAACUGGUAUAACCGGUUUUCUGGCGAAUGUGAUCGCGAUUUUUCUAUUUGUGACAACCAAGAAACUGAGAACCCCGUUCAACUUUAUCCUGAUGAACCUCUCUGUGACGGAGUUGAUCAUCUCCUGCACCGGGAACUCCUUGCUCGCCAUCAACUCAUUCAACAGGCAAUGGAUGUUUUCGAGUCAAAUGUGUCAGGCUAAUGCCUUCGGGAUGACCUACCUAGGUAAAUAUCAUGACAAUAUAAAGGACUGGGUUCAUAGAGAUCAGGACAGACAGUUUCCUCUCUCAACUAACUUCUCCAGCUUAGUUACUCUCAUCUUUAUCUGGUUGUACACGCUCUCAUGUGCUGUUCCACCCAUCUUCGGCUGGGGACAGUUUAGUCAAAAUACGCUGAAAGUUUCCUGUGGAGUAAAGUGGGCCCAGGCUGAUCAAAAUCCAGUAGAGCAUAUUUCCUUCGUGGCGUACAUCUACAUGCUUGGCUUCGUUAUCCCGGUAAUAAUCAUCUUCACCUCAUAUCUCAAGAUUAUCAGAACUGUAAAUAUGAACAAGCAUGGAAAGGAGUUUACUGAAACCAUAAUAUAG